CGAGAGAAAGCGGGGGAAAGAGCGAAACUGCGAGGGCAUUUCAGUUUGUGCUAAGAAAGCGAGAGAAAAUGGCGGUGGAUGAACCCCCAAAGCCUACCGUUACCGGCAAUCAAAUCAAUGACGGCGAUCAGAAUGGGGAGGAGCAAGGAGAGAUCGUUCGAGAUGAUGGCUCCGCGUCUUCCAAGCUACCGACGGCGAUGGUCCGACAGCCUCAUCCGCUUGAGCAUUCUUGGACCUUCUGGUUCGAUAAUCCCUCUGCCAAGUCCAAGCAAGCCGCCUGGGGAAGCUCUAUCCGGCCCGUUUAUACCUUUGCAACUGUGGAGGAGUUUUGGAGUGUAUACAACAACAUACAUCAUCCAAGCAAGUUGGCCGUGGGAGCAGACUUCCACUGUUUUAAAUACAAAAUUGAGCCAAAGUGGGAGGACCCUGUUUGUGCUAAUGGUGGAAAAUGGACUGUUACUUUUCCUAGGGGAAAAUCUGAUACAUGUUGGUUAUAUACGUUGCUGGCAAUGAUUGGAGAACAGUUUGACCAUGGAGAGGAAAUUUGUGGCGCUGUUGUAAAUGUCAGAAAUAGGCAGGAAAAAAUUGCUAUCUGGACUAGAAACGCUUCAAAUGAAGCAGCUCAGAUAAGCAUUGGAAAACAGUGGAAAGAAUUUCUUGAUUACAAUGACCAAAUUGGCUUCAUCUUCCAUGAGGAUGCUAAGAAGCACGACAGAGCUGCUAAAAAUAAAUAUUUCAUAUGA